CUUUCCGUCGAUCGUCGCGUUUCUUCCUUUCGUGCUCCUUUUAUCCCGAUCUUCCCCAAUGUCUGACGUCGAGGAGGACCUACUGGUAAAGAAGCUGAAGAUCGUGCUGGUCGGUGAUUCUGGAUCCGGCAAAACGAGCAUCGCUCAGAAAUUUUGCAAUAACGAGUUCACGAGACAGUACACGCCAACGUCUGGAAUCGACUUCUUCCUGAAGAACGUCAGCGUUGGUUUUUAUAAAAACGUUAAUCUACACUUAUGGGACGUCGGUGGUCUUGCGUUACACGGGAACAUGCUGGACAAAUACGUCUUCGGUGCUCAUAUAAUCCUUUUAGUCUACGACGUCACUAAUAGCUUCAGUUUCGAAGUUCUGGAAGAAUGGAUAGAUAAAAUCAGAAAAUUGAGCGAUAACUACGAGGAAACACCACUGAUGGCCGUAGUUGGUAACAAAUGCGACAUGGAACAUCAGAGGACGGUGAAAAAGGAUCGAACACACAAAUUCGCCGCAGACAAUGGAUUUCCGUCUCACGAUGUUUCCGCUAGAACCGGUGAAGCGGUCUCUUUGUGUAUAGUGACCUUAGCUGCGCAAAUUUUGGGUGUUCGAUUAACGAAAACAGAUCAGGACUAUCACAAGCCAAUAAUAAUUGCAGAAAUAGGCGACACAGUGGACAUGAGCACCAUUCACAAGGUCGUGAAAAGGAUCCCCACGAAAAAGCAAACUCAAAUACCAUUUCAUCCCCAUUUACCUGGUUCAAAGUCGUCAGUUUGCCUGCUACAGUGAAAAUUACCAUAAGGAAGAGUGGUUUUUGCGAUACAAUAUUUUUGUCGAACGUCAAGGACGGUUCACCUGUACAUAAGACGUCCAUACGAAUAUUUUUCGCUACUUUCUUACCGUACAUAAGAGAUUACUUAUACUUUGAGGGGCCAAUGCAAUAAACCACUGGUGUCUUCGUAGUAGAUUUAAAAA